GGAGCUGUUACACCUCUAACGAUUUAUAUAAAAUAAGCGCCUGAGAAGCAGUGACCUCCACUUCGUAACGCCCACGCUAACCUUUCAUUGGUUUUCAUUACCAGUAAAUCUAGGUCACGCUGAAUACAAAUUUCACAAGAAUCAUGGCCGAGCUCAGAAUCCAGUUCAGUCUGUCUAUGAUUAUAGCAGGCAUCCUGGCAGAGGUGGUCAGUGUGUUUUGGUACAAUCACCACUCCCCGUGGGGGCGCCGCUCCGGGGACCGCUACAUGCUGGCAGCCAUUGUCUGUGACGCCGGGCUGGUUAUUGCUGUCAAGUUCAUUAUGGACUCCUUUUGGUCCGUCAGCCGCUGGGAGGACGCCUUUGUCCUCGCACUCACGUUGGCGGCAAUCUUCGGGUGUCUGGAAGGACCUCACAUGGUUCACGACUCUCGGAGCUUCUCGUGGUUUUUCUUCCAUACCGUCCACAAGUUCCUGGUGGUAUUUGUCAUAGCCAUGGCCUUGGUUUACUUCAGUUACCUUGGAUAACUAGAUCUUUGCAGUCAAUGCAUGAUUUAUUUACCUCAUACUGUGCAUUUAGCUU